AGCGCGGAGUUCGGAGCGACCCCGGGCGCUGCGGAUACAAAGGCGCCGGGCCGACGGGGCGCCCGCCGAGUCCACUGGGCAGGUCGCAGCGGCGGGAGCGUCGCUUGAUUUUCUCUGAGACAAGCCCACCUGUCCAGCAAAAUAGAGUCCCUCAGGGUGACGGUUGAUUUCCUGAAGGUGCCUUUUGGCCUGAAGAAGACAGUGCUGAAGGAGGUGGCUGUGGGGUCCCCCCAAAGGCCCCAGCCUGUGGCCCUGGAGCGCUACAAGGCACGGCGUUCAGACGCCAUGGACACCGAGUCCCAGUACUCGGGCUAUUCCUACAAAUCAGGCCACUCCCGCAGCUCCCGCAAGCACAGGGACCGACGGGACCGACACCGUUCUAAGAGCCGAGAUGGGAGCCGUGGGGAUAAGUCCGUGACAAUCCAGGCUCCAGGGGAGCCCCUGCUGGACAAUGAGUCCACUCGAGGGGAUGAGCGGGAUGACAACUGGGGGGAAACGACUACAGUAGUAACAGGUACUUCAGAGCACAGCAUCUCCCACGAUGACCUCACGCGAAUCGCCAAGGACAUGGAGGACAGUGUCCCACUGGACUGCUCCCGUCACCUGGGGGUGGCCGCCGGCACCACGCUGGCGCUGCUCUCCUUCCUCACACCACUGGCUUUCCUGCUGCUGCCCCCUCUGCUGUGGCGGGAGGAGCUGGAGCCCUGCGGGACGGCCUGCGAGGGCCUCUUCAUCUCCGUGGCCUUCAAGCUGCUCAUCCUGCUGCUGGGCAGCUGGGCCCUGUUCUUCCGCCGUCCCAAGGCCUCGCUGCCCCGUGUCUUCGUGCUGCGUGCCCUGCUCAUGGUGCUCGUCUUCCUGCUUGUUGUCUCCUACUGGCUCUUCUAUGGGGUGCGCAUCCUGGACGCCCGGGAGCGCAGCUACCAGGGCGUGGUGCAGUUUGCGGUGUCGCUGGUGGAUGCCCUGCUGUUUGUGCACUACCUGGCGGUGGUCCUGCUGGAGCUGCGCCAGCUGCAGCCUCAGUUCACACUCAAGGUUGUGCGCUCCACCGACGGGGCCAGCCGCUUCUACAACGUGGGCCAUCUCAGCAUCCAACGCGUGGCAGUGUGGAUCCUGGAGAAGUAUUACCAUGACUUUCCUGUCUACAACCCUGCCCUUCUCAACCUGCCCAAGUCCGUCCUGGCCAAGAAAGUGUCUGGCUUCAAGGUGUAUUCCCUCGGAGAGGAGAACAGCACCAACAACUCCACGGGCCAGUCGCGGGCUGUGAUUGCUGCGGCAGCCCGGAGGCGGGACAACAGCCACAACGAGUACUACUAUGAGGAGGCGGAGCACGAGCGGAGGGUGCGCAAGCGGAGGGCCAGGCUUGUGGUAGCGGUGGAGGAGGCCUUCACUCACAUUAAGCGGCUGCAGGAAGAGGAGCAGAAGAACCCCAGGGAGGUGAUGGACCCCCGGGAGGCAGCCCAGGCCAUCUUCGCAUCCAUGGCCCGUGCCAUGCAGAAGUACCUCCGGACCACCAAGCAGCAGCCUUACCACACCAUGGAGAGCAUACUGCAGCACCUGGAGUUCUGCAUCACACACGACAUGACGCCCAAGGCCUUCCUGGAGCGGUACCUGGCAGCCGGACCAACCAUCCAGUACCACAAGGAACGGUGGCUGGCCAAACAGUGGACACUGGUGAGCGAGGAGCCAGUGACCAAUGGGCUUAAGGAUGGCAUUGUUUUCCUGUUAAAACGCCAGGACUUCAGCCUGGUGGUCAGCACCAAGAAGGUUCCAUUCUUCAAACUCUCCGAGGAAUUUGUGGACCCCAAAUCGCACAAGUUUGUUAUGCGGCUGCAGUCUGAGACCUCGGUGUGACUAACAGCGGUGGGAGUGGGAGACGGGGCUCCUGGGGCGGUGGGAAGGGUUGGAUGCUCAGGCCCAGCCCCUUUCCUGCAGCCCCUCUCCCUCUUGCCAAUUUUUUUUUUUUUUUUUUACUUAAAUUAACUUACCCUUACCCUGUCUCUUCCCCUCUUCCUCAUUCACCCUAUGUGAACCCUGGAGAGACCAUCCUGGUUCCCCUUUUUCUGCCCCCCUCACUUUUGUAUCUUUCCAGGCCCUGCAGGAAUCCGUGCCUCUGUCCCUCUCCUCUCCCCGGAUGACUGUCUUUUCUGAAAGUGCACAGGGCUCUCCUGAGCCCCCACUCUCGAACCCAGGUUCUUGUGGCUGUUCUUUCCAGUGGCUCCUGAGAAGUUGUCUCUGGGGGACACAGACAUGACUUCAGAGAACCACGGUGCCAAACUCCUCCAGGGCAGCAGUUCCCUGAGU